CUAGCCAACUCCGCAAUCUUAUCAUAAUCCAAAGAAAAUUGUGUUUAUUGAAAAAAAAUCUCUACAUCCCUCUGUUCUUCUGUCAAAUCAAACGAGAAAGCUGCAGCAAGUCAGCAACUAUGGCUUCCCUCCUCUUCCCAUUCUUCUUUCCUAAGCCACCGAAUCAACCCUCCACUUGCUCUUCCCGCCCCUUCUCUAACACCGCAGUCGCGUCUUCCGCUGCCGUUGCUGCCGGCGGAAUCCUUGCAAUCGCGCAGAUCACUAGCAAGCACCACCCACUGAAUUUCCUGCUCUCAAACUUCUCACCCGAGAAGAAUCACUUCCACCCGUUAUGGGGUUCCCUUUCUCUCUCCGGCAGCUCGGCCCCUGUGACGGAAUCGAGGACCGGCAUGUCAUUCCCGGCCGUUCUGAAAGACUCUCAGCGACUUCUAGGGAUCGGGUUGAGAAAGAAGGCCAUUUUGGGAUUAAAGAACAUCGAUGUCUAUGCUUUUGGCGUGUAUGCCAAUGAAGCUGAUGUGCAGAGCUUUCUCAAAGAAAAAAAUGAGGCGCUUUUUGGUUCUCAGUCAAAGGCAAAGGAGUUGAAGGGUGAACUAAUGGACAAUGAUAUACGCACCACGAUUAGGCUGCAGAUAAUGUAUGGAAGGCUAAGCAUUCGGUCCGUGCGCAGUGCUUUUGAAGAGUCUGUUGGAAGCAGACUACAAAGGUUUGGCGGAUCAGAUAACAAAGAAUUGCUUCAAAGAUUCACUUCCCAGUUCAGUGAUGAAAUCAAGAUACCUCGUGGAGCUGUCAUAGAACUCUCAAGGGAGCCAGGCUUUGUACUUCAGACCACAAUUAAUGGAAAGGAAGUGGGAAGCAUACAGAGCAAAGCAUUGUGUCGAUCAAUUUUAGACCUGUACAUCGGUGAUGAACCAUUCGAUAAAAAGGCCAGAGAGGAUGUUGAACUCAAUCUGGCUUCACUUCUUCAAAAGUAGUGCGACAUUUAGCGAGGAGCUUGUGUGGGGGAACUAGGAAGGCUUAAAAUGGCUGUAGUGGCGCAAGGCUUAGGAUGGCUGUGGUUGUGCCUCACUGCAGUUCAGAUGGACUGAGCAAAUGGAACUAAGUGGUUUUAGGGGUGCUUUGAAGAAGGAAGACAUGAAUCAAAGAGUUCUAUGGAGUCAGAGUGUCAGACCAGAUUUUAUGAAUUAGUGUAUGCUUGUGUCAUUUUGUUAUAAGGUAUGUUUGUAUGAAUUAAUAAAAGGGAGUAUGUCAUUGUUAUUAUGAGUCAACAACAACAAAGCCUCUUUCUUUUUUUGGUUUAUGUGGUAAUAAUUAAACACUUCUAAGGAUA